AUGUCUAUGACCGUAGCCGACUGCGCAAAGAUCCGUGAUGGAUUCCCCCGGCCCUUCCCGAACACACCUGCCAAUGUCUUGGAACAAUUCAAGAUGUCGGGAAGGGUAGCCGUGGUGACGGGCGCGGCGGACGGUAUCGGCUAUGCGGUGUCAGAGGCCAUGGCGGAGGCGAACGCGGACGUUGCCCUCUGGUAUAAUUCAAAUGAUGCCGCUAUUAAGAAAGCUGAGGCUCUUGCCCAAACCCACGGAAUUAAGGCCAUUGCCUACAAAGUUGAUAUCUCGGACGCCGAACAAGUGCAGAAGACUAUUGCAGAGGUUGUUCGGGAUUUCGGAAAGAUCGAUGUGUUCGUUGCUAAUGCUGGAAUGGCUAUCUCAAAGCCCAUAUUGGAACAAAAGCUAGACGAAUAUCAGAAGCAGAUGUCAGUCAACGUUGACGGCGUUGUCUUCUGCGCCAAGUACGCCGGCGAAGUAUUCCAGCGUCAAGGCAGCGGAAACCUGAUAAUAACAUCCAGCAUGAGCGCGCACAUUGUCAAUGUACCCACCGACCAGCCGGUUUAUAACGCCACCAAGGCUUUCAUUACACAUUUUGGAAAAUCCCUUGCCCGGGAAUGGCGGGAGUUCGCUCGCGUUAAUAUCGUGUCGCCCGGCUUUUUCGACACUAAGAUGGGCGCAAGCCACUUGCGAUUAACGAGGCCUAUCGGUUUAUACCUUUACCUUGCUAGUGAUGCUUCUACUUAUACUACUGGAAGUGAUGUCAUUAUUGAUGGAGGAUACACGCUUCCUUGA